CUUGGAUAUUUAGUGAUUAUUAUUUAGCAGAAAACGCUGUAUGCACAUGAAUUUCCGAAGUCAGAGGCGGAUUGAACAAUAUAGAAAUAUUUUGGAAGGUAUCAGCUUGAGCACAUGUUAUUGCAAAUUGUGCAAAUGAUUCCAAAACAGACGAGUGGCAACCAGUAGAGUCUACGCAGGUACCCGGCCGGCGAGGUUACUAUGUAAACAUUAAAAAACGUAACAAAAACAGAAUAAAAAAACCAUGGCAGCCUCGGUAUCACUGGACCUUGGAAAAUUAGUGUCUAUCACACAGACCCUGGAGAACAUCUUCUACCAGUCCUUUGGUCCCAAUGCCCUGCUGACCACAGUGCUGCCAUCUACUGGGAAAGUGAUGGUGACCAGUGAUGGGGCCAGUAUACUGACCUCCCUACAGCUGGACCACCCUGUGGCCCGUAUGGUGUGUAGCAGUGCCCUAGCACACCAUUGUUUCACUGGGGAUGGCACUAAGACAUUUAUCUUCAUGGUGGCUGAGGCCCUCAGGUCAACCCUGAGGAGGGCAAAGAAAGUAAAGAAUGGUUGUAGUGGUAGCGAGAAACCUCAUAUUAGUCAGUUUGUAAUAGAAGUGACUCAGGCUCUUGGAUACAUAGUAUCAGACAUCUUACCAAACUAUGUAUUUCCUCAGUUAGAAAGGUAUGCCACUGCCACUAAAUUAACAGGAGACAUGACAGAGACAACACACGAAAUGACAUUAAAAGUUCUGCAGACCUCUAUGUUGGGAAAAGCUCCUCUUGAAGUGUCAUCACAUUUUAGCCACCUUUUGAGUAAAUUCAUAUCUUCCAUAGGAAAUUCACAUAAUGUUCUAGACAAAGUACUGUACCUCAUUGACAAUUUCCCGACAGUCACCAUGGAAAUAUCCAAUGACAAUUACUCAUACUCACAAAUCAUCCCAGGUGUCCUACUUCCAAAGAAAUCUGUUACUCUCAUUGACUCUCUCCUUCAAACCUCAAAUAUUAAGUUUAUUUUGCUAGAGUGCUCUCUUGAAGGAGAUCAGGAUGAGCAGACUGACCUGCCCCCUGGUGUGCUUCAAGUUUCGGGAUACCAUGGUUUUCAGCAGGCAUUGCAAUGGAAAGAGCAGACAGUGAGGAGGAUUCUUCAACACUAUGCCAACUCAGGAGUUCAGUUGAUCAUUACUUCAUGGGCUGUCUCGGAGCUGGUGAUGUCCAUCUGCCGCGCGGUUGGAAUGGCUGCCAUCGGAGCUAUACCCCUGGAGGAUAUGGAAAGACUAGCAGCAGCAGCUGAUGUGAUCAUGGUUCAUGAAACACAUUAUGUCUUGUCAGAGGAAAAUAUAGCAACGAUCAAAAGUUUAAAAGAUGUUGUCUGUGGGGGCCAGAAUUUCAUGCAGUUGGAAUUAAAGACGGUGUCUGCAGUAGCGUGCGCUGACACUCUUGUUAUAUGUGGCCCCACACCUGGUCUAAGCAGACAGUAUUCUAACAUGGUGCUAAAUGGGUUGAAAUGUCUACGCAUGUGGCUGCAACCACUCAACUUUUCUCACACAGCUGAAGAGAAUAUGAACAGAAAGAGAAAGUAUGAUUGCACAAGUGAGGAUCAAUUAGAUUCAACAGAGGCGUUGGUGCAGAAUGCGGCAGUUGAACAUUUGCACAAAAAGUUUAAAGGAAUGCAACUGGCGUGUGACCACAAACAGCUUAGUGAUCCAGACUUACCUGAUGUUCUCUCAGAUUCAAGUUUGUUGGAAACUAAAUUAGCUUCUUUUGGCUCAGCUAAGCACCACCUAGCUGCCCUGUCCAUGCCACCAGGUGGCAGCAUAGAGUUUAUCAUACACAGCAGCUUGGAAAAUGCCAAGUGUUGCUAUUCAGAUCCAGGUAUUCAGACUGCUUGUCAAAUAAUCCAAGAUGCAGUGCUCUCUGUCCCACAGAAGAUCCAUGAGAAUUCUUAUCUUUCGGCCUCAGGUAGACAUGCCUUCAUUCAAGCUAAGUUGGAAGCCCUGGAUAAGGUAUCCGUGGGUAAGAUACCUUGUAUUCACUACCAGACUGGAGCUGUGUGGACAGACAGUGAAGGCUGUGAGCCAGUGGCCAGUAAGAUGGUGCUUCUCUGUCAUGUCAUCGAGCUGCUCCAACAGCUCUUAAGACUGGAUGCCAUUGUUUCUGUUAAAUUGUGAAACAACAGGCCCUUAGGCAGGCAGUGGAGGGGUUGAAAGAACUGCCCUUUUUGUCAGGAAAAGGUCGGUUCUUCGUAAAUUUACUAAAUUUUGA